AUGAACUUGAGGAAGAAGUUAAGUUUGAUCUUGAUGUUCAGUCUUGGGAGCUUAGCUUGCAUUACAAGCGGGAUUCGACUGAAGUACCUGGUAGCUUUCGCCACCAGUAAAGACCCAACAUAUCUUCCACUAACAGGAGAUAAUUCUUUGCCCGCUAUUUGGAGUUUUGUUGAACUAUGCGUGGCAUUAAUAUGUGCUUGUCUUCCAGCAAUGCGAGCUCUCCUCUCUCGCUGGUUACCAGCCAUCUUCGACCUGGCAUCACAAUCCACACUCGACCUCAAAGAACUACCACCAUCAAGAACGCCUGAUGCAGCCGCAUCAUAUCACCUCCCACCACCCCCCAUAUCCAAAUUCAACACAUCCUUCGUCGAGAAAGUCGGUCCAUCAUACAACAAACGCGCCGUAUCCCGUAUAUCUUGCGCUCACUCCAACGUUCCAACACUGGCCUCAACCCGAUCAUCGGAUAUCUUCCCGCAAGGACUACCUUACCAAUUCCCAGGACAAUAUCCAGCACUCUACCGCGAAUGUGCCAGUCGUAACGUCUCCGGUAUGUAUAUGCCAAAGCCAAUGUCCAUCGCACAAAGCCUUUCCGCACAAAUCGAAUCGCAUUCUCCCGCCAACUCCGAGAUCAAGAUCUGGAUCAACCCACGUUUCGACGCCGACGGCAAUCUAAUCGAAUACUAA